AUGUCCUGUGACAAUCCCAUUCCCCCUAAACCGACCACACCCAUUCUCCCUAAACCGACCACACCCAUUCCCCCUAAACCGACCACACCCAUUCCCCCUAAACCGACCACACCCAUUCCCCCUAAACCGACCACACCCAUUCCCCCUAAACCGACCACACCCAUUCCCCCUAAACCGACCACACACAUUUCCCCUAAACCGACCACACCCAUUCCCCCUAAACCGACCACACCCAUUCCCCCUAAACCGACCACACCCAUUCCCCCUAAACCGACCACACCCAUUCCCCCUAAACCGACCACACCCAUUUCCCCUAAACCGACCACACCCAUUCCCCCUAAACCGACCACACCCAUUCCCCCUAAACCGACCACACCCAUUUCCCCUAAACCGACCACACACAUUCCCCCUAAACCGACCACACCCAUUUCCCCUAAACCGACCACACCCAUUCCCCCUAAACCGACCACACACAUUCCCCCUAAACCGACCACACCCAUUCCCCCUAAACCGACCAUACACAUCCCCCCUAAACCGACCACACCCAUUUCCCCUAAACCGACCACACCCAUAGUUACACCAGAUGGAGGGUUGCACCAGACGGGGCGGUAUUGGAGGUGGUUAGGAUCAUCGUACCCAUGCUACAUCCCACGCUACAUCCCACGCCACAUCCCAAGCCACAUCCCACGACACAUCCCACGCUACAUCCCACGCUACAUCCCACGCCACAUCCCAUGCCACAUCCCACACCACAUCCCACACCACAUCCCACGCUACAUCCCACGCUACAUCCCACACCACAUCCCACGCUACAUCCCACGCUACAUCCCACACCACAUCCCACGCUACAUCCCACGCUACAUCCCACGCUACAUCCCACGCCACAUCCCAUGCCACAUCCAUUUAUCUGUGGAUGGCCACAACAGGCCACACCGGUUAGAAAUGCCCUGA